GGGUAUCGGGAGAGGCUUCCAGCAAACCUUCUCUGGCCUCUGGAGGGACGGACCACCGUUGCCGCGGCUUUGGCUUCUACGAUCUGCGUUCGGGCUAAACGGCCACAGCGGCGCCACUGCCGCUCCCCUUGCGCCUGGUUCUGACCGUAUUUGUUCCCCGGAGGCCGCCCCGGUUACAGCAGCGGCCGCGGCCGACAUGUUGUGAGGCGGCGGCGCGGGUGUCUCAAGGAUGGUUUGGCUGAGGCGGCAGCAGCGGCUGCUGGCGGCGGCGGCAUUGGCGGCGGCGUUGGCAGCGGGGGCUCCGGCUCUGUAGAGCCCAGCCCGCUGGGUGUCCGCCCAGUACCGCGGCCAGACCGGUGCCCCUGGACCUUGCCUCUGCUCUGGCGCCUUUGGGGAACGGUUAGGCGACAGCGCACGCCCCUCAGAGGAGACACGAAGGGGGUUCUCCAGUGCUCAGAUUUCCGGACCACCUAGCCUUCCCCUCUCCGACCUGGGCAGUGCUGUCCCCAGAAUCCUCAGCCCCCCCUCCCCCAAAUUUGCUCCCAGCCUCGCCCUGAAUCUUUCACACACGUGGGUGUUCCACGCCCUCUCGAGCCAACCCCUCGCCCCUUAAUUUUCUGCACCCUCUUCUCAGAGCGCCCCCCGGAUUGCUCUCCGAGGGCAGCCUUUUGAAAAAUCUUCGUGGAGCAGUGGACCAGAACUGGGGAGUUUUCAAAAGUCGGGGCGCGAGAGAUAGGAAGGUACGAUGGCUUCCUCAUCUGGGAACGAUGAUGAUCUCACUAUACCCAGAGCUGCUAUCAAUAAGAUGAUCAAAGAGACUCUCCCCAAUGUCCGGGUGGCCAACGAUGCCCGGGAGCUGGUGGUGAACUGCUGCACUGAAUUCAUUCACCUUAUUUCUUCUGAAGCCAAUGAGAUUUGCAAUAAAUCGGAAAAGAAGACCAUCUCGCCAGAGCACGUCAUACAAGCACUAGAAAGUUUAGGCUUUGGCUCUUAUAUCAGUGAAGUAAAAGAAGUCUUACAAGAAUGCAAGACAGUAGCAUUAAAAAGAAGAAAGGCCAGUUCUCGUUUGGAAAACCUUGGCAUUCCUGAAGAAGAGUUAUUGAGACAGCAACAGGAAUUAUUUGCAAAAGCUAGACAGCAACAAGCAGAAUUAGCCCAACAGGAAUGGCUUCAAAUGCAGCAAGCUGCCCAACAAGCACAGCUUGCUGCUGCUUCAGCAAGUGCAUCCAACCAGGCAGGAUCUUCUCAGGAUGAAGAAGAUGAUGAUGAUAUCUGAAAUUCACCAGCUGAGUUUCUAUUUCCUCUAUAAAUGUUUUUCCCUGCACAAGAAAACAGUGAAAGAAAUGCUUAUCUGUAAUUUUGUAUGCAUCUUGGUGGACUUGCCAUUGGUAUUCUAGGGAUGUCUGCCGUUAAGUUUCAUCUAUUGUGUGCUAUUCAUGUAAAAACUGUCUCUUCGAACUAUUGAAAAUUUAAGGCUCAGUAUAAUAUCAAUUUUGAAUUUUUAAUGAUGUUUAUGAAAUUUUAGAUAGCAGUGAGUCCUUUAUUUGAUCAAUAAACAGUGUUACAGAAAACUUCAAGUUUAUAAAAAUACAGUGAAAUUUAUACAGAAGCUCUAAAUCUUCAUUUGCAUUUCCUCUGCCCUUUUAACUAAACUAAAAAUUGGGAAUUUUAAAUUAUUGGGGGGGAGGUGCUAUGUGAUGCAGUAGAUAUUAGAUCAGGCUGGUGAAAAAACAAAGAGUUCAGUUCUGUAGUAUUUGGAUUUUUUGUCUUUUAAAAUGAGUAUAUAUACAGGCACUGCAUAUAUAUGCUCAGAUAAAUAUACUUGUUUUAAAAAGUCUCAAACAAGACAUUCAAAAACUAGGAUGAGUAUGUUCAGUAGUAGUUGUAAAAUUUGGUAGGUUAUGUUUUGAUUUUGUUUUUGUUUUAUGUAGAGGUAAAAACUAAAGUUUUAUUAUAGCAUAAUUCAUCUUGAGCUACACUAUUACAUUUCAAAGACUGUCCCGUUUUGAGGACUGUCAUGAUUCUUAGUAUUUCACUCCAAUGAUUGUUAAUAGUAUUACUUGCUUAGUCCAUCCAUGUUUAUUGGAACUUGUGAAACAAUUGCUUAGGUUCCGUUGGUUUAACUAAGGUUCAUGAAUAUUCAAACCUUUGCUGGGGGAAAGAAAUGAAAGUUAAUGAGCAUGCUUGCUAUAAGACGGAUUUUUUUGUAAUUUAACUUGUAGUCAUAGUUUACUUAUUGUUUGUUUUUAGCAUUACUUUUACAAUUUCUUGACUAGAUGGCCUAGAGUGUCCAAUGCUUCCUUUUGAAAUGGCAUCAUUGUCUCCAUAAUAAUUGAGCUUUAAAAAAUGAUUGUUUUUGUUUUGUUUAAGAAAGUGUAUCAUAAUUGAUCAGCCCUAUAUGAAACAUAGUUUCAACCUGCUCAUUACAAGGGAAAAGCUUUAAUUUGGUUCCAAUAAAUAAAGUAUGGUAGUGAUUUUUAUAGGAAUCCAGUGUGUUGAAGAACUGGCCUAUUGUUUGUAUUUUGAAAACAGAAUGGAAAGCCACUUAGGAUAGUAUGAAGUAAUCUAAAUUCCUAUGUCAGUUGCCAAAUCAUUUAAAUUUGUAUAUUCACCAGGUCUAAAGAUAGAUUGCAGAUGCCAGGAUUCCAAUUUUAAUUGAAGAGCUAAAUAAGUAAAGUUUACAAGUAUUAGAUUUCUUAAUGAUCAUAUUUUGCAGUUUUAGAAAAAGUGAAAUAUUGUCAUACAUUUAUUAAAUACACUUCUUCCAUGCCACAACUAAGUGAAUCUUGCUUAAUGUUUUGAGUUGAAGUUGGUAUUGAAUCCAUGAAGUGCAUUUGGACAAAAUAGAAGGGAUUGUUUUUUUAAAAGUUUAAGUACCAAAGGUAGUCUAGUCUAAGAAAUAAUAAGUUAAUAAGUGUUGGCUUUUCUAACUUGUACUGUAACAUCCUUAUACUUUCUAUUUUAAGUAUAUCUGUUUCUUAUGUAAACAACUUAGAUAUUUUUCCAUACUUUUUUUUUUGAUG